AAGUGUAAGAGAGGUUUUAAAGAAUUUCUUCAAAGGGCACUCUGCUGGUAGGCUAACGUCUCGUCCCAGUCUCAGACCCCCACCCCACCCCGAACCUCCAGUAGCAGCAGAACACAGUUACACAACACAAGUAGGUAAAAGAAGGAACAAGGUCAACGUUUUGCCCCCAAUAGCGUGACGUCAUCGUCCACGUCAUCCUGCAGACCUGUCCCAUCUCUUCUCUGCUCUCUGGGCCCCACCUUCCCAUCCUCCCUCCCUCCCUCCUCCCUCUUCGCUCUUUAAGUACCCCUGCAAAGUCCCAGCCUUCCAGCACACGUUCAUAAAUUCAUCUUCACUCCUGCACUCCACUCAUCAAAAAUCUCCCAAACCCUUCCUAAAACCCUAAACCCACGCGCCAAUGUACGGACACAACAGCACCGCAUUUCCACGCGCCGCCGACUUCCAGUUCCAGGGCUCGCCACCGGCUCAUCCGUUGCUUUAUCAUGAGCAGCUGCUCGUCUCGGCUGAGUUCAGCAACAGCUGCAGCAGCGGCUCCAGCAGCUACUGCGCCUCCCCAAUCAGCAGCGGGACUGGUGGUGGCGCUACGCUGAUUCAGCGCAGCGUCAGCAGCCAUUCACUCCAGAAGACCUCUUGCGGGACCCACAGGCUAGUCUCCGACUUACUUGAGUCGGAGACCGGCCCCGUCCGCAGGGUUUACAGCACCGGAGACUUGGAUUUGCAGCUGAUAAAUAAUAUGAACAAUGGAAUGCCACAGCAAUUGCAAUAUUGCGGUUACAAUAGAUCAUCAUCAGAAACUAGUCCCUUGUCGAGUGAGAGCAGUAUGAUCAUAGAAGGGAUGAGCAAAGCCUGUCCAUAUAAUCCUGAGGAGAAGAAAGAGAGAAUUGAGAGGUAUAGAAACAAGCGCAACCUCAGGAACUUCAACAAGACCAUUAAGUAUGCUUGCCGGAAGACGUUGGCGGACAGCCGGCCACGCAUCAGAGGACGAUUUGCAAGGAAUGAUGAAAUUGAGAAGAACUCUCCUGUUCAGUGGAGUCACAUAAGUGGGGAGGAAGACGAGGAGGACUGCGAUAGUUGGAUCAACCUUCUGGAUGCAUUCUCUUCUAUUGAAUCUAAUUCCAUGAUCUAGUAACAUAUAAGACCACUCUAUGUGUCAUGUUUUAGCAAGUAGCUAGGAAAAUUUUAGGCUGCUUGGUUUGAACUUUAAUUAUUAUUGUUAUUACUAUUAUUAUGCAGAAUGCCGCACUUUAAGCGCUAUUUAGCUUGAAGUAGGUGAUGUAAAUAUAGGUGAUUUGGAAUGAAAAUGUGCAAUUUUUAAUUAAGACUUUAAUUAA